GGAGAUCUGGAAGAGAUGGUUCAGAUUAACUACAUGAUCGAUAUUGAGUAUUUGAUGUCUCAAUUACCACAUUCGAAACGACAUUCAUUACGUACGGUUAUUGUUCACGGUCUUCGCGAAAAUAGCGCGAAGGAAUUAAGUAUCACGGCAUCACUUUACAAGAAUGUAACUGCGAUACCUGUAAGCAUGCCAAUAACAUACG